ACUGCAAAAGUUACUAUUGUGAUCAGUUUUCGCGAAGAAGUUGAGCUGAAAAGGGCUCUGGCUAGAAAAUUAUGUACCAGCCACCUCUGCCGCCGCCGCAAAAUGUUCCCACACAACCCCCACCUCCUCCGCCACCAGCUGAAGCCAUAGAAUUGCCCCCAACAGGCCAACCGGUUAACAUUGAAGCACCUCCGCCGGCUAACUUCGAUUAUGCACAGCAGCCAUGGAGUAUGAACGAUGCUUACAAUUCUCAAGGUUCAUCUAUGAAUUAUGGCAAAUAUGACGCCACAGCUUAUGCGCCAUAUGCUGCAGCACCACCGCCGCCACCGACAUAUGCAGCCAACGCAGCUCCUUAUUACUAUGGGAAUUAUGGCUAUCCUGAGAGCUAUGCAGCACCGCCAUCCAAUUACGGAGCUAAGCCGUCUAGCUCUGGUUAUGACUCCAGGUCAGAUUACAGACAGGGCAAUUACUCCUACAAUUAUCGUCCGCCCAGUCACAACUAUUACUCUAAUAAUUAUCCGAAAAACUAUGGCGGCUAUAACUAUAACAAUCGCUAUGAACAGAGGUAUUAUAAUCCACGGCAGUCGUAUCAUGCCAACCAAAGAAUUCCCAAGAGCAUGCCCAACGAGGCGGCAACCACGCCCAAGAUGGAAACGGAACGGGACCGUCUCUUACGUCAGUGGUGUUCAAACUACUGUGAGAAGCCCGAGGAUUAUAUAAAGAAAAUGAAUGCCUUGAUCGAAGCAGAGGCGCCUGCCGAAUCCUGGGUGCGCUCGUCGCCCGCCGAACUCUACUACGAGCGCACAAAGACCGAGCACGAGGUGAGGGCGAAGCCACGCCUUCACAAACGCUGUGAGCUAUUCCAGCAGCAGCUCAUCGAACGCGCUGAGAGGGUAAGGAAGACGUUGCCCGUUUAUGUGCCGCCUGCGCGAAAGACGCGAAGACGUGCUUGCAACCACAAGCAUAAAUCGGAGGCGUGUUCCUCCAGCUCCGAUUCGGACUCGGAUGAGGAUGCCUUCAAGAUCGAGCAAGAUUGCUGCAUGGAAGAGCUGUCGCGCAAGAUGGAGCACCCUCAGCGGCUGCACUCCGAUCUGUGGCAUAACGAUGCAGGCGAAAUGAACGAUGGUCCGCUCUGUCGCUGCUCGGCGAAAUCUAGACGCAUCGGCAUACGACACGGCAUCUAUCCGGGCGAGAAGGGCUACCCACUUUGCGAUAAGGACACAAACAAUGCGAGCAAACUUUUUCAUUAUCGCAUCACCAUUUCGCCGCCCACGAACUUCCUGACCAAAACGCCGACAAUCAUCAAACACGAUGAGCAUGAAUUCCUCUUCGAGGGCUUCUCUCUGCUCUCCCAUGUCCGGCUAACGGAUUUGCCGGUCUGCAAGGUGAUUCGCUUUAAUAUUGAGUAUACAAUUGAAUACGACGAGGAGAAGAUGCCAGAGAACUUUACCAUUCGCGAAUUGGAUUUGUUCUUUAAAUAUCUGUUCCAUGAGUUAUUGGAGCUUGUUGACUUUAAUCUCAUGCCGAAUGUCGAGCAAUCCUGUCCAGCUUUUCACUUCCUGCCGCGCUUUGUGCGCGAGCUGCCGGACAACGGCAAAGAAGUGCUGGCCAUGUGCGAGGUACUGAAGUAUCUGCUGGACAACUCAGCAGAGCUGGUGGAACCGCAGCAGCUGCAGCACCUGAACGACAUAAGCCAACAUGAAUGGCAAAAGUAUGUCGAUUACAUCAAGGGCAUGCUGGUCACAAAGCCUGGCUAUAAGCCCUGCUCGCUGCGUGUCGAUCAGUUGGACCGAAAUAAUUCCGAUCUACCCGAGUGCUUGGACCGAGAGAAGGGCAUCUCCCAUCCAGCGAUUGUGCACUUUGGCAUACGCCCGCCUCAGCUGAGCUAUGCUGGCAACCCGGAGUAUCAGAAAGCUUGGCGGGAAUACGUCAAAUUUCGUCAUCUAAUGGCGAAUAUGUCGAAGCCAUCAUUCAAGGACAAACGCAAGCUGGAGGACAAGGAGCAGCGGCUGCAGGAGAUGCGCACGCAGGGUCGAAUGAAGCGAAAUAUAACUGUGGCCAUCAGCUCGGAGGGCUUCUAUCGCACAGGAAUUAUGUGUGACAUAGUGCAGCAUGCCAUGCUUAUACCUGUACUAACUGGACACCUUCGCUUCCAUAAGUCCUUGGAUCUGCUGGAAGAGAGCAUUGCCUACAAGUUCAAGAACCGCUACUUACUCCAAUUGGCUCUGACGCAUCCUUCCUAUAAAGAGAACUAUGGCACCAAUCCGGAUCACGCGCGGAACUCGCUCACAAAUUGUGGCAUUCGACAGCCAGAAUAUGGAGACCGUAAGAUUCAUUAUAUGAACACGAGGAAGCGCGGCAUCAAUACUCUCGUUAGCAUUAUGUCGCGCUUUGGCAAGGAUCACGAGACGGUGUCCAACAUCACGCACAACGAACGUCUUGAGUUUCUGGGCGAUGCUGUGGUCGAAUUUUUGAGCUCGAUUCAUUUGUUCUUCAUGUUUCCGGAGCUGGAGGAAGGUGGUUUGGCCACGUAUCGUGCUGCCAUUGUGCAGAAUCAGCAUUUGGCGUUGCUAGCCAAGAAAUUGCAGUUGGAAGAGUUCAUGCUGUAUGCCCACGGCUCAGAUCUGUGUCACGAGCUGGAGCUGCGACACGCCAUGGCCAAUUGCUUUGAGGCUUUGAUGGGCGCCCUACUCUUGGAUGGCGGUAUCAAGGUGGCCGAUGAAGUGUUCACCGAUGCUCUCUUUAGGCAGGAUGACAAGUUGCUGGCCAUAUGGAAGAAUUUGCCGGAGCAUCCGUUGCAGGAGCAGGAGCCACUCGGCGAUCGCAGCUGCAUCGAUGCCUACCGCGUGCUCAAGGACUUGACCAGAUUUGAGGAUUCGAUUGGCAUCAAGUUUAAGCACAUCCGCUUGCUGGCACGCGCCUUUACGGAUCGCUCGAUUGGCUUUACGCACUUGACGCUUGGCUCGAAUCAAAGGCUGGAAUUCCUGGGGGAUACUGUGCUGCAGCUGAUCUGCUCGGAGUAUUUAUAUCGACAUUUUCCGGAGCAUCAUGAGGGACAUUUGUCUCUGCUGCGCUCCUCGCUAGUCAACAAUCGCACCCAGGCUGUGGUCUGUGACGAUCUGGGCAUGCCCAAGUUCGCUGUCUAUGCCAAUCCGAAGGCUGACCUAAAGACCAAAGAUCGGGCGGAUCUGCUGGAGGCUUUUCUAGGCGCCCUCUAUGUGGAUAAGGGUCUGCUAUACUGCGAGCAAUUCUGUCAUGUCUGUCUCUUUCCCCGACUGCAGCUGUUCAUCAUGAACCAGGACUGGAACGAUCCCAAGUCGAAGCUGCAACAGUGUUGCCUAACCUUACGUACCAUGGAUGGCGGCGAGCCGGACAUCCCCUACUAUAAGGUGGUCGAGGCGAGCGGACCCACAAACACGCGCGUCUAUAAGGUGGCCGUCUAUUUUCGGUCGAAGCGCUUGGCCACCGCCAGUGGCUCGUCCAUACAGCAGGCGGAGAUGAAUGCGGCGAAGCAAGCGCUGGAGAACUCCCGAGAUCUGUUCCCCCAACUCGAUCAUCAGAAGCGCGUCAUUGCCAAGAGCAUUAAGAAGCAAACAGGCAGCGAAAUGGACAACGAUGUGGACAAGGCAAACGAUGAUAAGGUGAAGAAGCCCAAGUAUGCAGCGCCACUGGAGGAUGAAUCGCAUUUGCCGAAGCAGUAUCGCAUGCAUGAGAAUAUAUCCAGUGAUGAGUUGCCAGAGGAUGACGAUGAAGAUGAUCAAGGAAGAUCCACUUCGCCUGUUCAUCUGCCAAAGCAUCGAAAAGGCAGCAGGAGCAGAAGCAGGAGCCGCAGCAGCUCCAGUAGUAGUAGCAGCAGCAGCAGCAGAAGUGAUACAGAUAGUGACUCGUGUACUACGCCAAAGCGUCGAGCGCGUCAAGAGGAUGGCUCUGUUUCGCCAGUCUCUUCUUCCUCAUCAUUAUAAUAUAAAUUAGAUUUAAUAAUCUUUAAGAUGACAAAGUAACAUAAGCAAAAGAUAAACCCCAUAUGCCUA